AUGGAAGCCCCACAGCCAACGGGUUCAAAGACCACCAACAUCAGAAGCAUCUCAGGAGUCUUUGUGGAAGCUUCUGGCAAGACCAUGAGCCUGGCACAAGCUCUCCAGGACCACCUGAUCCAACCGGAUGUUGCCCUGGCCCUCCUGGAAGCCCAGGCAGCCACAGGUGGCAUCGUUGACCUGGAGGGCGAGCGGCUCCUCCCUGUGGCGGAGGCCCUGGCGGUGGGAUUGGCGGGGCUGGAAAUGAAGGAGAAGUUGCUGUGUGCAGAGCGGGCAGUGACGGGUUUCCCUGACCCCUACACAGAGGAGAAGAUCUCCCUCUACCAAGCCAUCCAGAAAGAGCUGAUCGGAAGAAAGCUGGGCCUGCAUCUCCUGGAAGCCCAGAUAGCCACCGGAGGGGUCCUUGAGCCUGUCUCUGGCCAUCGCAUCUCUCUGCAAGAGGCCUAUGCACGGGGCUACUUGGACGAGGCCUUGGGUGGCUCCCUCUCUGACCCGGGCAACGAGGAGGCCCAGGGCUUCAGGGACCCUAAUACCGACCAGAGGGUCCCCUACGCAGAACUGAUGAGGAGGUGUGUUGCAGACCCAGCCAAAGGCCUGCUCUUGCUGCCUCUCAAGAUCUCUUUCCCUGGACUGAGAGGGGCCGUGACUAGCCAGGAGCUGCUGAAUUCUGGAGUCAUGGACUCCGCUACCUUUGAAGCCCUCCAGAAGGGGGAGAUGACUGUGCAGGAAGUGGCAGAGAUGGACGUGGUGCAGCAGUCCACGUCGGAGAUUGCCAGCAUCGCUGGAGUAGCCGUCCUUUCAACGAAUGAACGCAAGAGUCUUUACCAGGCCUUAGUGGAGCACCUCCUUCCUCCUGGCGUGGCUGAAAUUCUCAUGCAGGCUCAGGUGGCCUCGGGCUAUUUAAUUGACCCUGUAAAGAAUGCAAAAUUAACGGUGGCCGAGGCCGUCCGGGCAGGAGUUGUUGGGCCAGAGCUCUUUGGGAAAUUGACUGUAGCCGAGAGAGCUGUCACGGGAUACAAAGAUCCCUACACAGGGGAGACCAUCUCUUUGUUUCAAGCCAUGCAGAAACACCUGGUGCCCAGAAACCAAGGCCUUUUCCUGCUGGAUGUCCAGCUGGCCACUGGAGGCAUCAUUGACCCACAUGCCCAUCACCGGCUUCCUACAAAGACGGCCCUGCAGAGGGGCCAUUUGGAUGAAGAGACGUACAAGCUGCUGUGCAAACCUACGAACGAGGCCCGCAGAUUCUUUGAGCCCAACUCAAAGGAAAAAGUGUCCUAUGGGGAGCUGCUCUUGCGGGGCGUCUCUGAUCCGGAUACCGGGCUCUGCCUCUUGCCCGUUCCUGGAGAUCACAAGAGGAGCCAGACCUUCAUUGACCACAAUACAAAGCUGGCCCUGAAAAACACCACGGUGUCCGUGGCUUCCGGGAGGUUCAAGAGAAGGCCCGUAUCCCUCUGGAAGCUCCUCUUCUCGGAAUACCUGACGGGAGAGCAGAGGAGAACUCUGACACAGCGAUUCUCCUCCGGGUCCCUCUCUGCUCAGCAGCUGGCUGACAAAAUCCGCCUCAUGGUGGAGCAAACCGUUGCCGAUUCCCGAGUCACCUUUGAAGGCCUGAGGGAAAAGGUGACCCCUGCUCAGCUCCUGAGCUCUGAAAUCAUCAACAGAGACUUAUUUGAGAAGUUAACGCAGGGAGAGACCCUGGUCAAGGAGGUGACUAACAUGGCCACGGUGAAGAAGUACUUGGAAGGGACUGGCAGCAUUGGUGGGUUGCUCCUGCCUGACUCCCAGGAGAGACUGAGCAUCUACGAAGCCAAGAGGAAGGGCUUCCUCCGCCCGGGAACGGCACUCAUCCUUCUGGAGGCUCAAGCGGCCACGGGACACAUCAUUGACCCCGUGGCCAAUCAGAGAUAUUCCGUGGAAGAGGCCUUGCGUGGCAACCUCAUAGGUCCAGAUGUGUAUAGCAAGUUGCUGGCGGCUGAGAAAGCAGUGACUGGCUAUAAGGAUCCUUAUACUGGGAACAAGAUCUCCCUUUUCCAGGCAAUGAAAAAAGAGCUCAUCAUCACCAAACAUGCCAUCCGCCUUCUGGAGGCCCAGAUUGCCACCGGUGGCAUCAUCGAUCCUGUCAACAGCCACCGCCUCCCUGUGGAAGUGGCUUACAAACGGGGCUAUUUUGAGAAGAAAAUGAGCCUGAUCCUCUCCGAUCCCAGUGAUGACACCAAAGGCUUCUUUGAUCCAAACACGCAGGAGAACCUAACUUAUCUGCAGUUAAAGGAGAAGUGCCUGGUGGAACCCACCACAGGCCUCUGCCUCCUGCCACUCAACAGCAAGAAGCCCCAACCCCUGGAUGAUGCCACCAAGCAGGCUUUCAGGAGCUCCUGGCUCUUUGUCAAACACGGGCGCUUCCAAGGACAAAGAGUCUCCUUGUGGGAUCUGCUGAACUCGGAGUACUUCAGUGAGGGAAAGAGAAAGGAAAUCUUCAACCACUACCGCCUCAAGAAGCUCACCCUGGAGCAGAUCUGCCUGACUUUGGAAGAGGAAAUGAAGAAAUGGGCUUGCAUCCGGUUCCCAGCAAUCCGAGGGAAAGUCAGUGCUUACCACCUGCUGGAGAGAGGCAUCAUUGACCGGGCCCUCUUGGAGCAGAUCCUAGAUGGAGCGGUGAGCCCAGAGGACGUGCUGCGCCUUGAUUCGGUCCGGAGGUACCUCUAUGGCACGGGAAGCAUAGGGGGGAUUCUGCUGCAGCCUUCCAAUGAGAGGCUGAGCCUCUACGAAGCUAUGAGAAGGAACAUGGUGGUGCCCGGAGUAGCCCUGCCCUUGCUGGAGGCCCAAGCAGCCACUGGAUUCCUGGUGGAUCCUGUGAGCAGCCAGAAACUUUCCCUGGAUGAUGCAGUGAAGAAAGGCCUGGUUGGCCCUGAGCUUUAUGAGGUCUUGCAACAGGCGGAAGAAGCCGUCACAGGCUACAGGGACCCCUUCACCGGCAAGGUCGUCUCCCUCUUCCAAGCAAUGAAGAAAGGCCUUUUGGCAGACAGGAAAGCCAGGCAGCUGAUGGAUGCCCAGCUGGCUACUGGGGGGGUCAUUGAUCCACACAGCGGCCACUAUGUCCCCAUAGAAUUUGCCCAGAGAAAUGGCCACCUGGAUGAGGAGUUUAGGAAAACCCUUUCCAACCCGGACAGCAACUCCAAGGCUUUCAGCAUGCUGGACAGGAGAGAAAGGGUCGGCUACAGCCAGUUGAUGGACCAGUGUCUGGAGGAGGCCCAUUCAGGCAUUCGCCUCUUGCCUCUGGCACAAACAACGUCUGCUGGCUCCACCGAAGAGCAGACCCAGCAGCGCCUUCAGGAGACCCUCGUGGAGGACAAGGGGGUCUCUCUCUGGGACCUCCUGAGUUCCGGUUACUUCACUGAGGAGCAGAAGUCAGACUUUUUGGAGAAGUACAGCUCUGGAGCAGUUUCCCUCCGCCAGCUGGUCAGCCUGGUCCAGGAGCGUAUUAACGACAUAGACAUGAAAGCUAAGACGCAGGUCACUCUACAAGGCCUGAGAGGAGCGGUGCCAGCCGUCUGGCUCGUAGAUGCAGGCAUCAUUUCAGAAAAGGUGUUUGCUGAGCUGGCCCAAGGCAAGAGAUCUCCCAGAGAAGUGUCCGAGAUGGAAAGCGUCAAGCCGUACUUGCAGGGCACAGGAAGCAUUGCUGGAGUUUUCCUUCAGUCCUCCAAAGAAAAAAUGGGCAUUUACCAAGCUAUGCGGGAAAGGCUUCUCCUGCCACGGAUGGCGGCACAGCUGCUCAGCACCCAGGCAGCCACUGGCUCCAUCGUGGACCCGGUGUCUAAUCGGAGGUUUGCCGCCGUUGAGGAUGCCAUCAAAAGUGGCGUUGUGGGAGAAGAGCUGAUGGAAGAGUUGCUGCAAGCCGAGAGGGCAGUGACUGGCUUCCCUGACCCCUACUCGGGGAAACCAAUCUCGGUGUGCCAGGCUAUUAGGAAGGAGCUCCUCCCUGCCGGCGUGGGCAUCCCUUUGCUUCAGGCUCAGCUGGCCACCGGAGGAAUCAUUGACCCUGUUCACUGCCACCACCUGCCCCUCCAAGUGGCCUUCAAGCACGGCUUGAUUGACGAAGAAAUGCAGAUGGCUCUUUCUCAGGACAGCAAGGAGAUCCAGGUUUUCUUUGACCCGAAUACCCAGGAGAGCCUGACCUAUCAGCGCCUGAAGGACAGGUGCAUCCAGGAUCCUGAGUCGGGGCUCUGGCUUCUCCCACUGUCUGAAGAGGCAGCUUUUUAUGGAGACCAGCAAGCCGUGGAAGUGCUAAACUCUUUCCUUGUCUCGGUCAGCACUGGGAGGUUUAAGGGGCAAGAGGUUUCUCUCUGGGACUUGCUUCACUCAGAGUACAUCCCGGAUACCAAGCGGAGGGAGCUGGUGCUGAGAUACAAAGGUGCACACGAGGAGCUUCUUCAGGAAAUGGCAUCGUCCAUCAAGAAUGUCAUCGAAGAGACAGAGCAACAAGGCAAGAGGUUCACCUUCAAAGGCCUGAGGAAGAAGGUGUCAGCCAACGACCUCUUCCAGUCCCAGCUGAUAGACAUGACGACCCUGGACGAACUCAGGCAGGGGAAGACAACUGUCCAGGAAGUCAGCGAGAUGGAUUCCGUCAAGUGCUUCCUGGAGGGGUGCAACUUCAUUGCAGGGGUCCUCAUAGAACCGGAUCAUGAAAAAAUGAGCCUCUAUCAAGCCAUGAGGCGAGGUCUGCUGAGACCAGGGGCAGCUCUGGUCCUACUGGAGGCCCAGGCAGCCACAGGGUACCUCAUUGACCCUGUGAAAAACAAGAAGCUCUCUGUGGACGAAGCCAUGACAGCAGGGCUGAUUGGAAAAGAAAUUCAUGGGAAGCUGCUGAGUGCAGAAAAAGCCGUCACUGGAUACACGGAUCCUUACACCAACGGGCAGAUCUCCCUCUUCGAGGCCAUGAAUCAGGAGCUGAUUGUGAGGAGCCAUGGCAUCCGCCUGCUGGAGGCGCAGAUUGCUACGGGGGGCAUCAUCGACCCCGUGCACAGCCACCGCAUCCCCGUGGAGGUUGCAUAUAAGCGAGGCUACUUUGAUGAAGACCUGAACCGCAUCCUUUUGGACCCCACGGAUGAUACCAAAGGAUUCUUUGACCCCAAUACUCACGAGAACCUCACUUACCUUCAGCUUCUCGAACGCUGCAUCCAAGAUUCAGAAACUGGGCUGUACCUGCUGCAGAUUGUCAGAAGAGGGGAAGCCUACUUCUACAUUGACGAAGCAACAAAAGGAUUUUUGAGAAUGCAGACUAUGCAUGUACAGGUCGGUCGGUAUAAAGGCCAAGCGGUCUCUCUGUGGAGCCUCCUCUGUUCCCCAUACAUCCAUGAACAGAAGAGGAAAGAUCUGGUCAGGCAGUACAAGGGUGAGAAGCUCAGUUUGCCGCAGCUCUGCAGAACCAUUGCCGCCAUCGUGGAGGAAACGGAGCGGGCAACCCAGGAGCUGAAGCUGAAGGGGCUGCGGGGGCAAGAGGUCUCUGCUGCAGAGCUCUUCAAUGCAGAAAUCCUUGACAAGGCGACUGUGGACCGGCUGCACCAGAAGACCCUUCCGCUGCAGCAGCUUGCCCAGAGGGACACCGUGAAGCGCUACCUGGAGGGGACAGGCUGCAUUGCAGGUGUCUUGGUAGCUGGGGAGAAGCUGCUUGCCUAUGAGGCCAUGAAGAGAGGCUUUAUCUCCCCAGAACACGCUCUGCCGUUACUAGAAGUGCAAGCUGCCACAGGGCUCCUGACUGACCCGCUGGGGAAGAAGUCCCUCUCAGUUGACCAGGCCGUCUCUCUUGGGCUGGUUGGGGAGGAGUUCCACAAGGCGCUCCUCCUUGCUGAGAAAGCCGUUACUGGACACACCGACCCCUCCACAGGAGACAAGGUCUCCCUUUUCCAAGCCAUGCAAAGUAAACUGGUAGAGAAGGCCUAUGCCCUCCGGCUGCUGGAGGCGCAGAUGGCCGCGGGGGGCAUCAUUGACCCCGUGCACAGUCACCGCCUCCCUGUGGAGGUGGCUUGCAGGCGGGGCUACUUGGAUGAAGAAACCUGCAUCCUGCUUUCUGACGAGGGGCUUGUUCCCAAAGGAUUUGUAGAUCCCAACACCCAGGAAAGGAUUACCUACGCUCAGCUCCUGCUCAGGUGCACCAAAGAUGCAAAGACAGGGGCAUACCUGCUGCCGUUAUUAGAGAAGAGAGAGUAUAUAUUUGUGGAUGAAAAAACGAAGCGUGUCCUCUCAUCUUGCAAAAUAAACGUAGGUCUUGGGAAAUACAAAGGACAUGCCAUUUCCCUUUGGGAACUCCUUUCUUCUGACUACAUUACAAAAGAAAAGCAGAAAGAAAUGAUUAAAAAAUAUAAAGAGGGGGGUGUUGAAAUUCUGAAGUCUAUCGCAGGGCAAAUACUGAAGAUAAUAGAGGAAAGAGAAGACCACAGAAAAGACAUAUGGUUCCAAGGACUACGGUGGCAAGUCACAGCUUCCGAACUACAAAAGGCAGAGAUCAUUGAUGAAGAAACGUUGAACAAUUUGGAAGAAGGAAAAGAGAGAGCGCAGGAUGUCGCCCAGAUGGAUUCAGUGAAGAGGUACCUGGAAGGCAACAGCUGCAUGGCUGGAGUGCUGGUGCCAUCCAGGGCAGACCCUUCCAAGUCAGAGAAGAUGACCAUCUACCAGGCCAUGCGGAAAGGCAUUCUGAGGCCAGGCACGGCCCUGGUGUUGCUGGAGGCACAGGCCGCCACGGGCUUCAUCACCGACCCCCUGGGGAAUCAGAAACUCUCCGUCGAUGACGCUGUCUCUGUUGAACUGGUUGGGGCCGAGCUGCAGGAGAAGCUUCGCUCUGCAGAGAGGGCUGUGACUGGAUAUAAGGACCCCUAUACGGGAAACAAGCUCUCCCUCUUCCAGGCCAUGAAGAAAGGUCUCAUAGUCAAAGAGCAUGGGAUCCGCCUGCUGGAAGCCCAGAUUGCCACGGGGGGCAUCAUUGAUCCUGUGCACAGUCACCGCCUCCCCGUGGAAGUAGCGUACAAGCGGGGCUACUUUGAUGAGGAAAUGAACCGGAUCCUCUCUGAUCCCACCGACGACACCAAGGGUUUCUUUGACCCAAACACACACGAAAACCUCACUUACCUGAAGCUUCUGCAGCGGUGCCUGCCCGACCCAGAAACUGGUUUGCUGCUGCUCCACGUCAUGGACAAGGGCUGCUUCUCCUCUUCCCUCAACGAGAACACCCGGAAGGCUUUGCAGGCGGCCAAGACCCAGAUCGGCGUGGGGCUGUUCCUCCUCCCCACACCUUCCCCUGACCAACAGUUCUCCGCUUGGGACAUUCUGUUCUCCGAGCGCUUCACAGAGCACGAACGGGAAGAGCUUCUGAGCAGAUACAGGAGGGGCAGCCUCCCCCUUGAGGAGCUCACAAAGAUUCUCACCGACCGCCUUCCCAGAGCCACAAGCAGCGAACGUCAUCUUCCCACAGACUUCCACACCUCCAGCUCAAGUGCCGAGGCCGAAGACACCAGAGAAUGGGGGGAAGAGGAUCCUGCCGACCUGCGGAAAGAGGAGGCUCUGAAGUCCCGGAAGGUGGAGGUCACGGCUGCGGCGUUUCACGGGCGUAAAGUGUCGGUGUGGGAGGUACUUCAUUCCAAGUACAUCCCUGUGGAGAAAAGGAAGGAGCUUCUACAACUGUACCGAUCGGGCAUCCUCACCAUUGACCAGAUGGAGACCGUGGUCACCGCCAUCGUCAAUAAGACAGAGGACAUGAAAUCAGGAAAUCAGCAUCCUUCACAGUAUGACCUUUUUCAGUACACAUUGGAGUUGGAGGACAUCAAUGACAUUAUCCGUAAUAUCCAGGACCAGAGAACAUCCACCUGGGAUCCUUUCUUUUUCAGGUGUGUGUCUAAGACCAGUGAGGAAAUGAGUCACCUCAAAUCUCGAGAAUUGGCAGGUAGUGUCCCUGCAGAUGGCAGGGUGAUGUCUACUGCGGUUACACAAAUGGGGACCUCAAGCGAUGGGGCUUCUGUCUUUUGCGAGCCUUCACUAGGAAACAUUUCCUUUCCCCAAGCCUCUGAGGAGCCUUUGGUAGAAAGCACAUUUCACUCACAGAGUGAUUUAAAGUCUCGAUUGUUAAAUUUCCCAGUUGCUGAGUUCCAUGGAAAAGAAACCUCAUUGUGGGAUCUGCUGCAUUCUCAGUACAUUUCCCACGAGAAAAGGAAGGAGCUGCUGCAGCUCUAUCAAUUGGGCGAUCUCACCCUUGAUCAGAUGGAAUCGGCGGUGAUCGGCACCAUCCACCCAGACGAGGGGGGGGAAGAGUGGCCGAGCAGAGGCUGGUCAACAAGCGGCAGCCCCGAUUCCACAGCAGCAGCUGACAGUGCGUCCCAGGCUCAGCAGCUGCAAUUGAAGAAGACGUUGAGGGCCACUCUGGUCCCUGUGACGGUGGGAGAAUAUAAGGGGCAACGCAUGUGUGUUCUGGAUCUCCUCUUUUCUAGAUACGUCCCUCAGGAUAAAAGGCAGGAGCUCCUUGAACUAUACAGGGCGGGGACUUUACUCGUCGAGGACUUGAUAAGCACAAUCACUGGCCUGCUGGAAGAGGCGGAACGCCAGACCCAUCUGCCACCGCCUGCCCUUGCCCGUCCCCAGAGACAGCGUGAUAUCUGCAUCCAGGUCCAAGUGAUGCCAGGAGACAAGCGCUCUGCCUCGGGGUGUCCAGAGGGAGCCCCCAUCAUGCAAGUCCGUGAAGAAGCCCACUGGCCCUUUCCUAACCUGAUGGAUCCCCGGGAGGAUCAGGUCAUCGCGGGCAUCCUGAAGGAGCCUGGCCGGGAGCAGCUGAGCAUCCGACAAGCCAUGCACCGGGGCCUCCUCACGCAUGGAACAGGCCUGGCCCUGCUGGAGCACCAGGCCGCCUCUGGCUACAUCGUGGACUGUGCCAAGAACCGGCUGCUCUCGGUGAGAGAUGCGAAGAACGCGGGUCUGCUGGACCGGGACCACUUCAACACGCUCCUGAUUGCCGAGAAAGCCGUGACCGGCUACACGGAUCCCUUCUCAGGGAACAAAAUCUCCCUCUUCCAGGCCAUGAAGAAAGGUCUCAUAGUCAAAGAGCAUGGGAUCCGCCUGCUGGAAGCCCAGGUGGCCACGGGGGGGCUCAUCCACCCCAUGCACAGCCACCGCCUCCCUGUGGAAGUGGCCUACAAGUGGGGGUACCUGGAUGCUGAGAUUUUCCACCUGAUCUCCAACCCGGCCAACCACACCAAGAGGUGCUUUGACCCCAAUGCCCGUGAGAACCUCACCUACCUGCAGCUCCUGCCCCGCUGCAUCCUUGACUCGGACACUGGGCUGCUGAUGUUCCAGGUGAUGGAUAAGGGGUGCGUCCACCUGGACGAGAACGCACGGAAGUCCUUAAAGUCUGCCACCGUGAAGGUCCAGGCGGGGAUUUUCCAGGGCCAGGAAGUCUCCUUGUGGGACCUUCUCUUCUCCAGGUACAUCCUCCAGAGCAAGCGGAAGGAGCUCCUGAAGCAGUUCAAAUCUGGCUCCGUGACCCUUCCGGAGAUGACGCAGAUGCUCACCUCCAUCAUUGACGAGGCGGAGACGAAAAGCAAGUCGAAGCCCAUCCAAAUGAUGCCUCUGUGCGAGAGAGACAAAAGCCGCUGCAGCUCUGAGAGGGAGAUCAUAGAAAAGAUCCUGAAGUCCAGGGUGGUCAUGAUGCCAGCUGGGGAGUUCGCUGGACACAAGAUCUCCGUGUGGGACCUCCUCCAUUCCAAGUACAUCCCUAAAGGGAAGAAGAAGGAACUCCUGAAGCUGUUUGCAACCGGCGUCCUCACGGUGGACCAGAUGGAAGUGGUGGUUACUGCCAUUGUGGCCAAAGUGGAGGAAGAGAAGGCCAAAAUGUUGGGUGCAGGCCAGGAGGACGAGAGUCGGUGUGAGUCCCACGACACCCAAGUGCAGCAAUCCUUAAAGCUGAUCCAGAUCCCGGUAACCUCCGGCCAAUUCAAAGGACAAAACAUGUCUGUGCUAGAUCUCCUCUUCUCUAAAUAUUUUUCCCGUGAGAAAAGGCAGGAGCUGCUGGAGCUCUAUGGCUCAGGGGUGCUGAGCCCCAAGCAGAUGGUGGAAGCCGUGAGGAGCACCCUGGAGAAAGUAGAGGCCAGCAGGAAGAGGUUCAUGGUGAGGAUUAAGGGUCGGAGCCAGGAAGCCUCAGGGAGCAAGCAGGUGGCGGCAGCUUCCAGCUCCUCCUCCGCCUCCCAGGAGGCCGACGACUUGCUGAAGGCCAAGAUGGUCAUCCUCCCUGCGGGAGAGUUCCGGGGGCAGCAGAUGUCUGUGUGGGACCUUCUCUCCUCUCAGUACAUCACGAGAGACAAAGGGGAGGAGCUGCUGAGGAAGUACAGGGAAGGAACCUUCACCGUGCAGGAGAUGGCCUCCACGCUCACCAUCCUGGCAUCCCUGCACGACCUCUUCUCUACCCUGGAGAAAACCCCUUCCAGAACUGGCACAAAGGCUUCAGCCCGGGGCUCGCUUGGCCCUCCCACGGUGUCGUUUGAGGGAGAAGAGGAGGAGGAGGACGAGGAGGACGAGGAAGACAAUGACAAUGAGGACAGUGGUGACGAGGACCAGAAGAAGAAGGAGAAGGUCUUGAAAUCGAGAAUGGUGGCGGUCCCUGUGGGGGAAUUCGCUGGGCAGAAGGUCUCUCUCUGGAAAUUGCUCCACUCCAGGUACUUCCCAGAGAAGAAGAGGAAGGAAGUCCUGAAGCUGUACAGGAUCGGGAUUCUCUCAGCUGACCAAAUGGAAACCAUCGUCACAACGGUCGUAACCAAACUUUGUGAAGAAAAGAUUAAAGAAGACCGGCACGGAAGCAGCCCUCCGGGCCACCGCCUGAAGGAAACCGGGGUGGCCGAGGUCUCCGCCGAGAGGCUCAGGGAGAGGACCAUGGAAAGUCUGACCUUUGAGUUUCCCGUAGGGGAGUUCCAAGGCCGGAGGGUGACCGUGUGGGACCUGCUCUUCUCCAACUACGUCCCGGACGCCAAGCGGCAGGAGCUCCUGGCCAAAUAUGCCACAGGGGCGCUGAACAACCAGGAUCUGCUGGCUGCCCUCACUGCCCUCAUCACAGAGGCCCACAGCCAGAGGAAUAUGCUCAGCAUCCCGCCCCUCUUCCCCCUGCUGCCCCGGGAGGCUUCGUACAUGAUGUUUGGGCCCCCCAGGGCCUCCAUGCAAGACCUCCUGGGGCCCCAGGAACAAGAAGCCCAGAACAACGGAAAGGUGACCUACAGCGAGGUCACAAUGACCACCACGGUGGUUCAAGGAGCCGAGCAAAAGCCGGAAUGA